AAACCAAAUGUAAACAUACAGGACCAGUAGACGUAUCCGAAAUUCUCGGAUCUUUUCUAUCCGCUAAAAUCGCCAUUUUUCACUGAUACUGACAAAUUGACAGCAGAUAAAAACAGAACAAAUACACAAACGAGCGUCUCAAUGGAACGCUCUAACGUCCGCUAUGAAGUAUUGGUUGGUGAAGAUGAAAGGGUUCCAGCUGAACCAGUGACCUUGACAAUGGUAGAACCUCCUCCAGCUUAUCCUGGAACAAAUCAUCACCAAGCUUCAUCAGACCAGGCUGAAUCAGCACAGAAUAUGAAACUGCCCACAUAUGUAGAAGCUACUUCAUUACCCAGUUAUGAGGAGGCAGAGAGAACUAAAGGACACCCAGAUCCAGAGAUUGGUGGAGAAUCUCGGCCAGUUCUCAGUGAUAGAGAGGUUUCCAGAGAUAUUAUUGGCACAGAUAGCAUGUUCCUCUGUGCAUUUGUCUUGGCCUUCUUCUUUAACUGGAUUGGACUAUUAUUUGCUAUAUGUUUCUUCAACACCAUAGCUGGACGAUGUGGAGCGCUGUCUGGACUAGGACUUUCCAUUGUUAAAUGGGUGGCAAUUUUCAAGCACAACAAAUGGGCCGAGGGGUAUGCACAAGAAGACUCAUUUAUUUGGUGGCUUUUAAUGUUAUGUGGUCUGUUUGUAUUCUUGAGAGGAGCUAUCCAUUAUGCUAAAGUAAAGUAUGACUGGCAUAGAUCCAGGCAACAGAGAGGAUAUAUGUUCACUUUAUAAAUGGACAAACUUUGUAAAAUUGGUACCCUUUGAUUGUGUAGUAAUAUUUUCUAAUUAUUUAGAAAACGUAUUUCUAUGUCUAGAUUUAAUUGAAUGUUAUCAAAUUUACAAGGUUAUGAACUAAGGGGUUUUCCAUUCAAAUGGUGUGGAAUGUUGCAAAACUGAUUUCACAAUUUGUAUGGACAGAAUUGCCUUUUCAAUCAUUUAUUUUAUUUUUAUCAAAUUGAAAAUAAGUACCAUCAGUUGCAAAUUGUAAAAGAAAUAUUCAAGUGUGAAAUUAUGUAUAUAGAUAUAGGAAGAUGUGGUGUGAGUGCCAAUGAGACAACUCAUGACCUUUCUACCAGUCUAUGUGUUGUAUAAUACAUUAUUUUCAAUUCAAUUUGAUUCUUAUUUUUUGACAGUUCAUGUUAAAUUUUGAAAAGAUAGCAGACAAAAAAAGUUUUAUGAUAGGUUUUAUUUAUAUUUCAUAAAACAUUAUUGAAGGGCUAUUCUAAAAUAGAGUUCUUGAUAAUCAUUCUCAGAUAGAAAUUUUGAUUAUCAUAUUAAACUAUAUAAGACUUGUUAAUAAUCAUUCAAAGACAAACAUUAUCUUUGGAUGUUGUUAAGAUUUAUCUUGAAUUAUAUUUACUGGGAGAUGGACAUUGAGAAAUACAUAUGCCUUCUUGCACACAAAUACACCAUGAAAUCUGAUAUAGAUGUAUGCAAGGUUUUUAUCCUUUCUCUUUUUAAAUAGUGAGAUAUGAUCCUUUGCCAUUGUAUCAAUGUUGUUGAUAUUUUAAUGUUCAUAAUAGAUAUUGUUUUCUUAAUCAUAUUUACAUCUCCUGCAUUGGGUGCUUACUAUCAUAUAAAAUUCUUUUGUGGGAUUAUUUUACAUUGUUGUUUUUAACUUGUAUUUGUUGUAAAAUAAAUAAUAAUAGUACUUUAUGGUUUUAGGAAAAUCUAUUUAGUUGAACAUCUUUCAUAAAAUUUAACAUUAAAAUUUAUAUGUGGUUUGUGGGGUUAUUAUAUAUCAUCAGUAAAUGGACCAUUGAUUUUAGAAACAAUUUUUAUGAAUUUUUGCUUCAUGGUUAAAUCAAUUUUGAGGUAAACCUUUCAUAUUUACAUAAGGUAUAAUGUUGAUAUUAAACCUCAAUUUUCUACCCUUUUAGAGUCUAACAUUUAAGAUAUAUGUAAAGUACAAUUAAAACAAGUGUUUUUUUCUAUGUUUUGGUCAUGUUUGAUCUUAAUAAAACCUUGUUAUUUACAUGAAAUAUAUAUUUCAAGGUUUCUUAUGAAAUUUGUAUGACUAAUAAGAAGAUAAUUAAUUCACAGUUAAAUGUUUUGGAAAAAAUCUGUGAUACAUAUCUGUUUCCAUUUUUUUUUUAAUAUAAUUAAAUGAAAUUUAUAACCAAAGAUAUUUGAUGAAAAAAUAGCACUAAAGCUUAUGACCAUUUAUGUAAUUACUCAAAAUAUUGUAUUGUGGUUUUCUAUUCCAGAAUAAAAUUUUAGAGCUCA